CCAUUAGUGGCCAAGAAUCAUCAUCAUUCAUCAACCAUUACAACCCACAACUCUAAACCAAUAUUUUCUCCUGUUUGUUAACCAAUAUGGUUCACAAUGUCACCAAAAAUUUGAUUGUGAGUGUAUAUAUAAUCAUAAUAAGAUGAGUACCAUGUGGUUGAUAACAUGCCUCAAUGAGAAAGAAACUGCCAAGGGCAUGAUUGAGGUGCCAAAUCAUCAACAUGGUGGAUGUUUAUCAAGAGGGUGGUGAGCUGCCCAUGACACUUCACAUGCCUGCUACUAAAAAGGAGCUUACCUCUGAUGCCAUGAAGAGAAUUAGUGAAUGGAUUUCAUCACAAGAUGUCCCAAGUGAUGUUAUUGUUAGUGUAGGAGGUGUUUCUUUUCCAACACACAAGUUUGCUUUAAUCUCAAAGUGUGGUUACAUAAAGAAACUGUUAUCCGACACCAAAGACGCCGAUCUUUCUGUAGUCGAAAUCCCCGAUAUCCCAGGCGGGCCCGAAGGAUUUGAACUCGCCGCAAAGUUCUGUUACGAAACACAUUUAGAAUUAUCUUUAGACAACAUUGCAAUGGCAAGAUGUGUGGCAGAAUAUCUUGAAAUGACCGAAGAAUACGCAGUAGGGAACCUUGUAUCGAUAACUGAAGGGUACUUGAACAAAACCGGGCUUCAAAACUUAUCGGGUGCAGCUUCCAUUUUGCAGUCAUCAGCAAAUCUGUUACCGGUGUCUGAAAAAGUGAAACUGAUUGAUCGUUGUGUAGACACUAUCGCGUGCAUGGUGACCGAUGAAAGUCAAGUUUACGUUGUUGAUUGGUGGGCUGAAGACUUGAUCGGUCUUAGAAUUGAUAUGUUUAAACGGGUUCUUCUUGCUUUAGUUUCGAGGGGGUUCAAACAGUUUGCGCUUGGUCCGGUUUUAAUGCUUUACGCGCAAAAAUGUCUUCGAGGUUUGGACUUCUACUCAAAAUCAAGGAAAAAUCUUGACCCAAAACAAGAACAUGAGAAGAGGAUUAUUUUAGAGACAAUAGUCGGCCUCUUACCGCGCGAAAAGAAUGCAAUGUCGAUAAGCUUUCUUUCAAUGCUGCUUCGGGCUGCCAAACAUCUAGACACGACGGUUGCGUGCAGGCUAGAUUUGGAGAAACGAAUGGGCUUACAACUUGGGCAGGCGGUUUUAGAGGACAUAUUAAUUCCUUCAUUUUGCUUUGAUGGUGACACAUUGUUUGAUGUUGAUACAGUGCAACAAAUCAUGAUGAAUUACUUUGAAUAUAUGUCUAAGGAUUCGGGUGAUAUGAACCACGCUUAUCCGUCCCAAAGUGACAAUGAGAACGUCGGCAUGCUGAUGGAAAGCUUUCUUGCUAAAAUAGCGUCUGAUCGGAAUUUGUUGGUUUCGAAGUUUAUAAACUUUGCUGAGUGUAUUCCGAUGGAGGUACGGGUGACAGAGGAUGGAAUGUAUAGAGCUAUUGAUAUUUACCUGAAGGCUCAUCCUGCUAUAAGCGACAUGGACCGAAAAAAGGUCUGCAGUUUAAUGGACUGUCAAAAGCUAUCACGUGAAGCCCGAGCCCAUGCAGCCCAAAACGAGAGGCUUCCGGUUCAAACUAUGGUUCAAGUUCUUUACUACGAACAACAACGUUUACGCGAAAUGGACAGCAGCAGCCCAAUCACUGAUCUUGUAACAUCCCACACUACCCUCGAAUCUCAAAAAUCAGUAUCAGAUGAAAUCUCGCGCUUGAAAAAAGAAAACCAGGAGCUGAAAUUCGAGCUUAUAAAGAUGAAAACACGAUUGAAAGAGAUCGAGAAGUCAAAUGUUAAUAAACCGAAGGGAAACAAUGCGAAUGAAAGCGGUGGUAGUAAGGGUAAGCCACCGUUGCCUAAAAGGUCGUUGAUAAGCUCGGUAACGAAAAAGCUUGGGAAGAUCACACCUUUUCUUCAUGCUGAUGGGUUUUUGCCUUCAAGUACUAGAGGCAGGAAUAAACCGGAUAAAGAUAGAAGACAUUCAGUAGCUUGAUAUGCUGUUUUUUGAUGGUUUUAGUGUUGGUGCAUAUAUUUUCAUCAGUAAAUAAUUUCUGUAAAACACAAUUUUACAUGAUAUAUCUAUACAUGGGAGUGUGUGUGUGUUUUUUAACUU